AUGGACUCCACAGAGCCAGCGGAGGAAGAAGCGCUGCUCUACCAGGUUUCCUCGGCGAGCAGCACCGAACGAGACGACGACUCGGACGGCUACGAGCUCGACGACUUCGACGAUGAGCCUUCGCUUGCACCUCUCACAUUCACACAAAGACCUCGAUGGUGGCGUCCGAUGCCGCGGAGACUGGGACAUAGACGAGGUGGUUCGGGAUCUUCACUAUUCACAAUACAUCCGCCGAGACGGAGACGAGCGCUGCUGUAUCGGGCGGUGCAACUACUGGCCCUCGUUCCACACAUCGUCCUCUCCUCGAUAAUUCUCUGCGGCAUCUUCUUCCCUUCCUAUUCCUACCCUCCUGAGCGAUACCUGGAGCUUCGAGCCCGAGUGCAGGAACAAGGGCUGACGGCCAACACGAACAACGAGAAAGUCUUCAUUGCGGCCAGUUUGUACGAUCGGGAGGGCGAGGUGGUAUCAGGUCUAUGGGGUCAAUCGGUGCUACACCUGAUCGAUAUACUUGGGAAAGAGAAUGUCUUCUUAAGCAUCUACGAGAACGAUCCCGACGAGAAAGCGCAGGAAGCUCUCGAUGCGUUCGCAAAGAACGUGACAUGCGAGUCGGCAAUCGUGACCGAGGAGUUGGACCUGCACAAGCUUCCACACGUCUCUACGCCCGACGGCCAUCAGAGGCUGAAGAGAAUUGCAUUUCUCGCCGACGUUCGAAAUCGUGCCCUGCGGCCUCUGGAGGACGUAGACUCGAAAGCUUACAGUACCCGAUUCGACAAGUUACUUUACCUGAAUGACGUAGUGUUCGAUCCGAUCGAUGCUGCGAAUCUGCUCUUCUCUACCAACGUCGAUGAGCAGUCCGGGAGGACUCAGUAUCGAGCCGCGUGCGCCAUCGAUUUUAUCAAUCCGUUCAAAUUCUACGAUACAUUUGCGACGCGAGACCUGGAAGGCAACGAUAUGGGCGUGGUAUUCUACCCCUGGUUUACUGGAGCCGGAGAAGGCGAGAGCAGGAAGGAUGUUCUACAGCAGAAGGACGCUGUCAGGGUGAAGAGCUGUUGGGGAGGCAUGGUUGCUUUUGAGGCCAGAUGGUUCCAGCAACACUUGCAUCAAAAGAAAUUCGUAUCAUCCGCGGAAUCUUCUGGAGCGGCUGCCGACUCGUACUAUCACGUCGACAUGACGAGAAACAAUCCAUCGCACACGUCGCAAGUGGCUUUCUCUGGCAGCAACUCUUCGCUUCGAUUCCGAGCUGAAACGGACACAUACUGGGAUGCAUCCGAAUGCUGUCUGAUUCACGCGGAUCUGUCAUCCAUGGACUCGGAUCUGCUGGGUGUGAACGAGACGGGCAUCUACAUGAACCCAUACAUUCGUGUGGCCUAUUCUGCCUCGGUUUUGCCCUGGCUAUCGUUCACGAAACGAUUCGAGAGACUCUAUACACCCGUACACAGCAUUAUCAACUGGAUCGCAGAGCGACCUUCAUUCAACCCACGACAACUUCAGCAGCCCGGAGACGAAGUGACCGAUAGCGUGUGGGUAUGGCAUCAAGACAGUCUGGAAAAGCUGCGUCAAGGGACUGUGCAGUCGUCUAAGGAUCUCAUUGGCCAUUUCGAACAAGUCCGGAGAAAGGCUCUCCCUGGUGGCUUCUGCGGCAUGCGGAAGCUAUUGUACAUCAACGAAGACCCGUCCAAUGGCCAGGGCAAAUGGGCCUCUGAGAAGCUUCCCUUGGGAGGAGACCGGAAGAGCGUGUAA